GGUGGAGAUUAAAUCAUGUGACAGCGGGGAGGCCGGAACUGGCCCGGCUGUGUGAAGAACAGGGCUUUGAUAAAAACAAACGGCGACGGCGUCUCGGCUGUGUCUAUGGCCGAGGCGGUGAAGCCCCAGCGCCGGGCCAAGGCCAAGGCCAGCCGGACUAAAACCAAGGAAAAGAAGAAAUAUGAAACCUUUCGGACGGAGGAGUCUGAUGAAAUCUCUCUUCCAAAAACCUCCAGAGACCAGGAAAUCCCUACUCUAGCUUGUGAAUUCAAAGGAGACCAUCUAAAGGUGUUAACUGAAUCCCAGCUCAAUAGUGAUGCCAGUGGACAAAAUGAAAGUGAAAUGUUUGAUGUACCUCUCACCUCCUUGACUCUAGGUAAUGAAGGAUCCCUGACAUGUAACACACAGUCCCUUGAAGAAGGGGAAGAGUCCAGAACUUACAUCAGGGAUGACAAUGAUGAAAUCAGGCUGAAGGUGAACUCAGGAGACAAUGUUGGAACUAAAGUAGAAACCCCCAAGAGUGUUACAGAAGUAGAGGAAAACACGUUGGUACCAUGUGGACCUUCAGAAAGCACACUGCAGUCUGAUUUUUCCUGUACUCAUCAGGAAAUAGAAAAUAUACAAAUCAGAGAAACUCAGAAUAGGAAAGAAGAUAAACAAGCCCUGGGCUGUUCUUCAGAGAUGCUUCAAAGUGUUGGUCUUCAGAGUUCUUAUGAAGCCAGAGAAGUGUCUCAGCUACCCAGAGUGAAGAAACUGUAUCCCCAGUUGCCAACCGAAAUUGCUGGAGAGGCGCCAGCCUUGGUGGCAGUGAAACCCUUACUUUGUAGUGAGAGACUCUACCCAGAACUUCCAUCUCAGCCAGAACUGGUACCAUUUACUAAAGAACAGCUGAAAAUCUUGGAGCCUGGUUCAUGGCUAGAGAAUGUUGAGUCAUAUUUAGAAGAAUUUGACAGCUUGGCUCAUCAGGACAGGCAUGAAUUUUAUGAGUUACUUUUGAACUAUUCACGAUGUAGGAAGCAGUUGCUGCUGGCUGAAGCUGAGCUACUUACUCUGACGUCUGAUUGCCAAAAUGCUAAAAGUCGACUCUGGCACUUUAAGGAGGAACAGCUGUCUGUACAGGGUAUCUGUGCAGAUCAAGUGAAAGUUUCCGGCUAUCAUCGCUACCAGAGAGUAGAGAUGAAUGAAAAUGCACUGGGGGAGCUGAAGAAGCUAUUUGAUGCCAAAUGUGAGCACCUCCACCAGACCCUAGCCCUUCAUUCUUACACUUCUGUGCUCUCAAGGUUGCAAGUGGAGUCUUACAUCUACUCAUUGCUCAAUAGCUCAGCUGUUCUGAGGUCCUUAGCAGUUCACCAGCAAGGCCGAGCUUCUAAACAGAUAGACAGCGUUCCUUCUGAUCUGUGUCAGUUGAAGGAGUGUAUUAGUGUCUUAUUCAUGUUCACCAGGAGAGUAAAUGAAGAUACUCAGUUCCAUGAGGAUAUUCUUCUCUGGCUGCAGAAAUUGGUAUCAGUGUUACAAAAAGUUGGCUGUCCUGGAGAUCACCUCUUUCUCCUGAACCAUAUUCUUCGAUGCCCAGCUGGAGUUAGUAAGUGGGCUGUUCCUUUCAUCCAGAUCAAAGUGUUGAAUAACCCAUCAGGGGUCUUUCAUUUUAUGCAGUCGCUUGCCCUACUGAUGUCUCCUGUCAAAAAUCGAGCAGAGUUCAUGUGCCACAUGAAGCCCAGUGAGUGGAAGUCAUCCUCUUCAGGGCCUGCAUCUGGGACCUGGACACUCGUGGAUGAGGGAGGAGAAGAGGAUGAAGAUCCUGAGACUAGUUGGAUUCUCCUUAAUGAAGAUGACUUGGUUAUCCUUUUUUCACAGUUUCCAUUCCAUGAACUCUUUCAACAUCUUCUUGGGUUUAAAGCAAACGGAGAUUAUUUACCCGAAACAACAAGACCUCAAGAGAUGAUGAAAAUUUUCGCAUUUGCCAAUUCAUUAGUCGAACUUCUGGCUGUGGGGUUAGAAACCUUUAACAGAGCACGCUAUAGGCAGUUCGUGAAGCGGAUUGGUUAUAUGAUCAGGAUGACCCUUGGCUAUGUAAGUGACCAUUGGGCACAAUAUGUGAGCCACAAUGGAGGCUUGGGAUCAGCCUUGCAGCCCUACUCCUUGGAAAAACUACAGGUGGAAUUUGAUGAGCUGUUUUUGAGAGCUGUCCUACAUGUGCUGAAAGCCAAAAGACUUGGCAUUUGGCUGUUUAUGUCUGAAAUGCCCUUUGGGACGCUGUCAGUUCAGAUGCUCUGGAAGCUAUUCUACCUCAUGCACCAGGUGGAGUGUGGGAACCUGCAGCAGCUCUGCCCUGCCCUCCAGCCGGCUGAGUGCAAGAGGCAGCUCCAAGACCCAGAACAUUUUGUGAACUUUGAGAAGUGUCUUUCUUCUAUGAAUAGCUCGGAAGAGAUUUGUCUUCUGACUACCUUUGCUCAGAUGGCUCAGGCCAGAAGAACCAACGUGGAUGAAGACUUCAUAAAAAUUAUUGUUCUGGAGAUAUAUGAGGUAUCUUAUGUCACCCUCUCCACCAGAGAGACUUUUUCAAAGGUUGGUCGAGAGCUUUUGGGGGCCAUUACAGCUGUUCAUCCUGAGAUAAUUUCUAUCCUUUUGGAUCAAGUUCAAGAGACCAUUGACCAGGUUGGAAUGGUUUCAUUAUACUUGUUUAAAGAAUUGCCUUUGUAUCUCUGGCGACCUUCUGCUUCGGAGCUAGCUGUGAUUCGGGGUUGGUUAUUGAAUCACAACCUGACAGCAGUGAAGAACAAACUGGCCUGUGUUAUUUUAGAAGGACUGAAUUGGGGAUUUGCUGAACAGGGUAUUCUUCAUCUGGAUCAAACAGUUCAUUCUGAAGUGGCCUUAAUGGUUCUAGAAGCUUAUCAGAAGUACCUUGCGCAGAAACCAUAUGCUGGGCUAAUUUCUGAAAGUAUGAAGCAGGUUUCAUAUUUGGCCAGUAUUGUUCGAUAUGGAGAAACCCCUGAGACCUCAUUUAACCAAUGGGCCUGGAAUUUGAUCUUGAGGUUAAAACUGCACAGAAAUGACUAUGGAAUACAGCAGAAUUGCCCAACUGUUCCCUUCUGCAGCAUGGUGCCUGACAUGACAGAGUCACCUGCAUUUCAUCCUCUCUUGAAGGCUGUGAAAGCUGGCAUGCCCAUUGGCUGUUAUCUCGCCUUAUCUAUGACAUCUGUGGGCCACAGCAUUGAGAAGUUCUGUGCAGAAGGCAUUCCACUGUUGGGAAUUCUGGUCCAGUCGAGGCAUUUGAGAACAGUGGUCCAUGUCCUAGAUAAGAUUCUACCUUUGUUUUACCCUUGCCAGUAUUACCUUCUGAAGAAUGAGCAGUUUUUGUCACACUUCCUCCUCUUCCUCCACUUGGACAGUGGUGUACCUCAGGGUGUCACGCAGCAGGUCACUCACAAGGUGGCACAGCACCUCACAGGAGCCAGCUAUGGGGACAACGUGAAGCUUCUCAACAGCAUGAUCCAGGCGCACAUAUCUGUAAGCACGCAGCCCAAUGAAGUGGGUCCUGUUGCCGUGUUGGAGUUCUGGGUUCAGGUUCUCAUAAGCCAGCAUCUUUGGUACCGAGAACAACCCAUCCUCUUCCUCAUGGACCACUUGUGUAAGACAGCCUUUCAGCUGAUGCAGGAGGACUGUGUACAGAAGUUACUCUACCAGCAACAUAAGAAUGCUCUAGGUUACCACUGUGACCGGAGUCUGCUCUCUUCCUUGGUGAGCUGGAUCGUGGCAGGCAACAUCACUCCAUCUUUCAUAGAAGGCUUGUCCAUGCCCACUCAGGUCUGGUUUGCAUGGAUUGUGCUGAACAUGGAAUCCAUCUUUGAAGAGGACUCCCAGCUCAGAAGAGUUGUUGAAGGGGAAUUGGUUAUAAACUCUGCUUUUACCCCUGACCAAGCUCUGAAGAAAGCCCAGGCCCAGCUGAAGCUCCCGAUCGUCCCGUCCCUACAGAGGCUGCUGAUUUAUCGCUGGGCCCACCAGGCUCUGGUCACACCUUCUGAUCAUCCUCUUCUGCCACUCAUCUGGCAGAAGUUCUUCCUCCUGUAUCUUCACCGCCCAGGACCACAAUAUGGGUUACCCAUAGAUGGUUGUAUUGGAAGAAGGUUUUUUCAAAGUCCUGUUCAUAUCAACUUGUUGAAAGACAUGAAGAGACGCCUGACUGAGGUGGCCGAUUUCCACCAUGCUGCGAGCAAGGCCAUCCGUGUUCCAGCAGAGGGCAGUGAAGGGCUACCAGAGAGCCAGGAUGUCACCCCUGGUUACCUGACUUCUCCAGAACUGCACACAGAACUCGUGAGGCUCUUCAAUGUAUAUAUAUUAUGGCUAGAAGAUGAAAAUUUUCAAAAAGGAGAUACCUAUAUCCCUUCUCUACCAAAGCAUUAUGAUAUUCACAGGCUAGCAAAAGUGAUGCAGAAUCAGCAGGAUCUGUGGAUGGAGUAUUUGAACAUGGAACGUAUCUAUCAUGAGUUCCAGGAAACUGUUGGUGUGUGGAUGCAGGCCAAGCUCGAAUCCCAUUCCAUACCCUGCAGCUUGUUGGCACAGCUGGACUUCACUGAUCCUUUGUUGGCCAAAGAAAGGAUCUUAAGUAACUUGCGGAAACACGAGGCUCCCCAACCUCCCCUUGUUCUGCAUCCCAUGAGGCCUCCUGUGCCAGUUAUUUCCUCGACUGUCCUGCUGAGUCACAAGGAAACUACCCAGCUGGUGUGCACAGACCUGAACGUGCUGCAGCAGCAGGCCAGAACUGCAGCUCUUCGGGAGUCUCAGCAGGUUGCCCUGGAUGGUGAGCUGUUGGAUAUAAUGCCCAAACAGUACAUGAAUCGAGAAGAACAGACCACACUACAUUUGGAAUGUAGAGGCAGCAGUGGUAAGAAAUGCCAGGGAGCAGCAGUUGUAACAGUUCAGUUUGAAGGCAUGUAUAAGAAUGAAGCAGUAAGCCAACAGCUUCACAUUUUGCGAAAAGAAGUGAAACAGUUGCAAGCAGAAGCUGCUAAACCACCUGCACUGAGUAUUGUGGAAGCUGCUGUACAUGCAGAGAACCUAAUUACGACCUUAGUGAAUGCCUACAAGUUGCAGCCAACACCUGGAUUUCAGAAGGUUGGCAUUAGCCUUUUCUUUACUGUUGUGGAUUAUGUGAGCGAUGAGACGCAGCGCCACCCCCCUACAAGACAAUUCUUCACUUCAUGCAUUGAGAUCUUGGGACAGGUGUUCAUCAGUGGUACUACAUCAGAAUGCAAAAAGGUACUUCAGACCAUUCUGAAGAAUAGAAGGCUCUGUUCUCUUCUGUCGCCUUUCUUCACUCCCAAUGCUGCGCCUGCAGAAUUCAUACAACUGUAUGAGAAAGUGGUGAAGUUUCUGAGUGAGGACAACAGUGAUAUGAUUUUCAUGCUGCUAACCAAGUUCGAUCUUAAGCAAUGGUUAAACGCCACUAAACCUCCUCUGUCUGAUCGUACCAGGCUUCUGGAGUCCAUUCAUUUGGCACUUACUGCCUGGGGCCUUGAACCAGAUGAAGAUAUUUUGAUGCCAUUUAAUCUUUUCUGUAAGCACUGGACUUACCUUCUUCUCUACCAGUUCCCUGACCAGUACAGUGAUGUUCUCAGGCUGCUGAUGCAAAGCUCUUCAGAGCAGUUGCUGAGCCCUGAGUGUUGGAAAGCCACUCUGCGAGCCCUGGGCUGCACUGCCCCGAGCUGCCAUCAGGGGGCAGCUUCUGCUGAGGGCACUGUGCUGCACAGCUCUUCGAAUGUUCUCUUGUCAGACAAGCAGGUAGUGGAGACCAUACAGUGGCUUUCAGACUUUUUUUAUAAGCUUCGGUUAUCCAAGUUGGACUUUAAAAGCUUUGGUUUAUUUUCAAAAUGGAAUCCGUACAUGGCUGAUGUGAAGACACUUUUGGGCUAUCUUGUGAAAAGGCUGAUUGACUCAGAAAUGGCCUCCUUGGCCCAAGACCCAUCUGCCAGCAGCAAAACAGUUUCAGUGCUGAGAUCCCUACAUUCAGUAACCAUCCAGCUCUUUAAGCCAUGGAUCUUGGUUUUAGAGGACAGUGAAAGCACCCAACAGCGACAUUACCCUUGGCUGGAGAGUGAUGCUGUGGUGGCCUCAGACAUUGUGCAGUUGUUCGCUGACUGUGUGGAUUUACUGCAUGAGAGUUUUAAAGACAAGUUGUUGCCAGGUGAUGAAGGAGCCCUUCGGUUACACCUGAUGCAUUAUUGUGAAGCGUGUACUGCACCCAAAAUGCCAGAGUUCAUUCUGUAUGCUUUUCAUAGUGCAUACCAGAAACUCCAGUGGAAGGACCUGCAUCCCGAUCAGAUGCUCAUGGAGGCCUUCUUCAAAGUGGAACGAGGAAGCCCCAAGAGCUGUUUCUUGUUUUUGGGAACCGUGCUUUGUGAAGUCAAUUGGGUUAGUGUGCUUGCUGAUGCCUGGAACCCCAACCCCCAGCCUGAAACCCGGAGCAUGAUUGUCUGCCUCCUUUUCAUGAUGAUUUUACUGGCAAAGGAAGUUCAACUUAUAGAACAGACAGAUUCGCCUUUACUUAGUCUCCUUGGACAGACAAGCUCGCUCUCAUGGCACCUUGUGGACAUUGUGUCAUACCAGAGCGUGCUAAGUUAUUUCAGCAGUCACUACCCACCAACCAUCAUCCUGGCAAAGGAAUCUUCUGCUGAAUUGAUUGUGAAGCUUCUGAAAGUGUCUGCAGGACUUUCCAUUCCUACUGACAGCCAGAAACAUCUUGAUGUGGUUCCAAAAUGCCAAGCUUUCACUCAUCAGAUGGUUCAAUUCCUCAGCACCCUGGAACAAACUGGAAAAGUCACCUUUGCUGUCCUAGAACAGGAAAUGUCUAAGCUCUUGGAUGAUAUCAUUGUCUUUAACCCGCCUGACAUGGAUAGCCAGACCCGCCACAUGGCCCUCAGCAGCCUCUUUAUGGAAGUCCUGAUGAUGAUGAACAAUGCAACUAUUCCAAUGGCAGAGUUCCUCCGGGGCAGUAUCCGGACCUGGAUUGGCCAAAAAGUGCAUGGGCUGGUGGUGCUGCCCCUGUUAACAGCAGCCUGCCAGAGCUUGGCAUCCGUCCGCCACAUGGCAGAGACUACAGAAGCCUGCAUCUCCGCCUACUUUAAGGAAGGCUCCCUCAAUCAAAAUUUAGGAUGGGGUCCCAUUCUGGUGUCCCUUCAAGUUCCUGAGCUCACUAUAGAAGAAUUUCUGCAGGAGUGCCUGGCCCUUGGCAGUUAUCUGACCCUUUAUGUCUACCUGCUCCAGUGUUUGAAUAGUGAGCAGACUCUAAGGAAUGAAAUGAAGGUGCUGCUCAUCCUCAGCAAGUGGUUGGAACAGGUGUAUCCAAGCUCUGCACAGGAAGAGGCAAAGCUAUUUCUAUGGUGGCACCAAGUCCUGCAGCUGUCCCUGAUUCAGACUGAGCAGAACGACUCAGUCCUCACGGAAUCUGUUGUCCGAAUUCUGCUCAUGCUUCAGAGCAGGCAAAACCUCCUGGCUGAGGAGAGGCUCAGCUCUGGGAUUUUGGGGGCGAUUGGAUUGGGCCGGAAGUCUCCCUUGUCCAACAGGUUCCGAGUGGCUGCCCGAGGCAUGGCUGCCUUCCUUUCAAUUCAGGUUCCUUCAGAAGAUCAGAUCCGAUUGAAGCCUGGCUCUGAACUACAUUUGACCCCAAAAGCUCAGCAGGCUCUGACUGCUCUUGAAUCCAUGACACUGAGUAAGCAGUAUGUUGAAUACCAGGAUCAGAUUUUGCAAGCUGCCCAGUUUAUAAAGCAUCCUGGCCAUUGCCUCCAAGAUGGGAAAAGCUUCCUGGCUCUUCUUGUUAACUGUCUCUACCCAGAAGUGCAUUAUCUGGACAACAUACGGUAGUAACCACAAGGCUCGUGACAAACUCCAUCACUGUUUAUGUUUACAUUUAACUUUGCUGUUGCACAAAUAACUUUGCUUACUUUCAUUGCAGAGUUCAGUUUAGCCACGGGAUGGGUGACUGGAGAUGCAAUUGGGAGGCAUUAAGUGAUUCCGUGUGUCCAUGUGUGUGUGUGUGUGUUUCACUCUCUGGGGACUUUUUAGUGUUUAUGUUCAUCCACAACUGAAACUUACUAAGUUCCACUUGGGUAUAGAGCCACUCACAGUUGCCAACUGUCCUCAUCUCAUAAGACCCGCAGAGGGAAUUUUCAUGAUAUGUCUCCACCUCUGACUCCCCUGUUUUAUUUAAACGUCAAGAUUCCUGUGCCAGAUCUGACUGCUUUGAGAGUCAUAUAUAACCCUCACUUUGAACCCCAUUUGUGUGCUUUUAGUGUGAAAAAAAUCAACCUUGAGAAUUUCUGUAUUUCUCAAAUGUGGGGAAAUACAUAGCCUAAAGGUAUUAUGUUAUUUCUCUCAGAAGGGAGAUAAAAAUGCUGAAUUAAAGUGAGCCAUGUGAAAAACUUGACACUAUAGUGGACAUCAGAGAUUGUGAUGUGUCUGCUUCCCUCUGACUGUGUAUCCUUAUGGAAGAGCCUCUGUCUGAAUCAACGUGUCAGGCUGGUGCUCUGUGAUGAGUGUGCUGGGCACACUCGUGUUUUAUUUGGUUCACAUGGCAGGGGCUGCAGAGUGCGAGCCCAGAGUCGCUCCAUGCCCUUGGGUCCCCUCAUUCACCUCACUCCCUCGACAUUGAAGUUUGAAAUUCUUGAUGGACACCAAGGUUGCUAUCUAAAGGCCCCACUGUUGAGCAGGGGACUGAGGACUCACUUCUCCAAACCCUGCUAGCUUCUUCCCUCCAUAUAUAAACUCAGAUAAAGCUGGUGGACCUGCUGAAACACUUGCCCAUGGAAACUGGGCCAGGUCAGGAGAAUUUCUGAAAUCUGUCUUUUUUUUUUUUCUUCUUUGAGUCGCCUUGUGCCUUCGGCCGCCCUUGACAGUCAUUCAUUACCAAAGCCUGUCUACAACGUUGCCUCAUUGGUGCCUUCUUCUUGCUCAUGUUAUUUCCCCCAGGAAUUAGUCUGAAAAUAUUUGUCAACAUAACUCUUGGCUCAAAAUGGAUUUUGUUGCCCAGCUUUCAUAAUGUGUAUUUGUAGGUUUUGUGCAGCCCUACAAAAAUACCCUCAAAUGCCUAAACAUUCACCAAAAGCUCUCAGUAGAGAGAGAGGGAUAUAGUUAGCAGAUGUAGAACUCCUACCAUAUCCCACAUAUCCCCCGCAUCUGGGAGUUUGUAGGAACUUUUCUUUUUCGUUGGACAGAAAAUUCCACCUCACAGACAUGCCUUGGCACUCCGAUAAAGAAAAUCUCUGUUCAGCGUUCGAGUUUCGUAGGCCACAGAGAGUCAUCUCACAGUGACAUGUCUCAGCUUUCCUUGUUUUUGCUUCUCUCUGCUUUCAAAACAGUCAUCUUCUUAUUCUACGUAUGUGAAAAUUUUAGAAGCUGCAGACAGUUAAAUUGGCCAAUUUGGCAACAGUGAUUUUAUGACAGGAAAUAAUUUGUGUGCUGUUUUCUUUGAGGAGAAUGAAAUUAUUGAUAUCCUCAAAUGUGAAGUUUUUGAGUGACAGUAUGCACAUUCUAAAGAAAAUUAUGAUCAAACUGUUAAUUUUUGAAAGUUUAUAAUAUUUAUACCAUAUUUAGUUUGUAAAGAUUUUAAAAAAUAAAGUCAGGCUUUGGUUGUAACUUCUACGAAUCUGAAUUUCAGGGCUUCUUCACUAACAGAGUAUAUCAGAGACUGAAGUUGAUGUAGAUUUUUAUAACUGAUGUCAUCUUAUUUACCUGACCUUGUAACUUGAGUUGCAAAGAUGGUCAGUAAAACUGCUUGCACUUCUUCAUGCUUCCUGUCAGAAGGUUUGCUUAUCUCAUAGGUAUUUAAAGAACAUGGCAGUGCUGCUGUCAUCUCUGGGGAAGGAAGGCUCUACCUAGGCCACCCUGCCUUCUGCUUGCAGGUAACAAGCCUUUGCUUGAAAAGAUAGCCAGCCUUCACAGAGCACGGGGCCACAGUCUGAGAGACAGUGGCAGGUGCUGCAUGUCAGCACUGGCACUGGGCAAGACCAAGGCCUGCUUGUGGGCUGAGCAGUGUGGAAGGUGCACACCCUGGAUUUCUCCGCACAGUGGCUGGCCAUGGCAUCUGGCUCAGAUAAGGACGUCUGAUGCUUUUUGGGAGCAGGAAGGAGGAGACAGUGUUCUGCUCCCAAUGAAAAGUGCUGCUCCCAUCCUUACCCGCCCUGCAGUAGAGGUCAGAGAGACAGUUCUGUUCCCCCCAUCUCCUGGCUCUACUGACUAGAACAGGUGAAGGGCAGAGAGCUGGGAGCCAUGGGCCAUGGAGGCAGGAAGGUGCUGCUGGAUGUGUCUGCACAGUGUGACACUGGCAGGUGGAGCUUGGUCCCACUGUUUCAAAGGUCCUGCACACUCGCCCUCAGCUCUGACGUGUGGCCAUUUCUUGAUCAGUUUCUUGGCUUAGUCUGUGAAUGCCUCUGCCUCCCCAGGGUUAAGCCUGAGUCUCUGAGACUGGAGGGAAUUAGUGUAGAGAAUGCAAACUUAUCUAACCUCCUCCAGUCAAGUGACAGUCUUGUUACUCCUGAGUAGUCACGAAAACCAGUGUGUCCAUAUUGUAUAAGUUAAUCAUGUCUGUGCCUUUGUGUUUGAAUGAAAGGUGGUAACACCAUUUUUGUGUGUGGGGUUUUUGUUCCUAAAAUUAGUUGUUUCUUCUGGAGCUGGAAGUAAAUGUCUAGAAUAAUCAACAUUUAAAAGUCAGUAGGAGCAUUCACACACCGGGUGCCCACCACUCGCUCACUCAGUGGGAUACUCAGCCUCCCCCACCUGGCCAUUGGCCACAGGCCAGCCCUUGUAGGGCCAUGCAGGCUGCUGCUGGCGGGUCACAUGUGGUUCUGCUCUGACAGCGAGGUGUCCCCUGGAAAGGUUGCGGGUUGGCUGUGGACCUACCUGGCGCAGUCCAGGCUGGCUCCAUCUCUUGCUCCCUUCUCAGCACACAUUUCCCUUCCCGUCACACCUCUGACACCAUGUGGCCCCAUCUCUUAGUCCUUUCCAGACUAAAUGCCCCACAAUCCUUAGUUUUCUACCAUGAUGUCCAGAGGGCUGCCCCGGGGCACAGUAUGGGACUAGGUGAGGCACCUAGAGCACAGUUGAGGAGGUUGGUAAUCAACAGUGCCAGGAGAGGGCGCUCCUUCGCCUUCUCUGCCUUGGUGCCUCCCUCUCCUCAUCCUGGCCCCUGCCCUGGCAUGUCAUGCUUGAGGUCAAGCAGUGCAGUUCACUCCUCUGGACACUUGGGCAGUAUUGGCUCUAGAUGUGACGUAUGGUUGGCACAUUAAACACAUUAAACUCGUGGCGAGUUCAAACUCUAUACCUCGGUUUAAUAUGAGUUGCUGCUGAAGACUGGUCUCAUUGCAUGGGUGUGAGGCACGUCUCACAAACAAGGUGCUCCACGCUUAGUCCUUUACUGCUGUCUGCCCUCCAUGUUGGAAGCGUGUCCCUUUCAAAAGAAACGUCCCCCUACCCUGAUCUUCCAUUUGCAUCUGGGUCAUGCUGGGUAAAACUCUUGACAUAAGUCAGGCCCUAAGACUGACUUUGUUUCUCCACCAUGAUACUCGUAUUCUGGAGCAUCCUGUGACCUGUGCAGCUGUCUCUGAAGUUCCCUUCACUUUGGAUAGCUUCCUGAUUUCUGAUGAGAAAAACUUGAAAAAAAAUUACUGAUCCUAUUUUGGGAUAAUGAACUUGCUAAGGAAUGUUGUUGAUUAUAACUUGUUUUUAAAUGUACCAAUGUGAUCUCUCACUGAGCACUGAGAGUUAGAAUUUAUUUUUCUUUCUAUGGUUGAAAAUCACUAAAGUUGGAGACAAAUACUUCAGUGUAUUCAACUUUUUCUUCCCACAUGUCUAAAGUGGCCUUUAAAAACCUCUACUUUAUUUUGAUCAUUAAAUGUGCAAUAUUCACUUCUUAUGCGUUGUUCAAUGUUUUACAUGCUUGUACAGAAGAUGAGUUUUUAUAUCAUGGUGAGAAACAGGAAUAAAUAAGAAUUGAUUAAGUAAAAUUCUGCAAAUAAACUACAUUCAGAGUCAAUUUA